CAGACGUGUGUUGAACUUGCGCCUGGGAGGGGGUUUGGUCGUAAAGUCGUAAAGAUACCUGUUACAUAUUGCAUCGUGGAAACAUGAUUUUCUCCAGGAUAAUCUGAACCAGCAGCUGUAGCUAUCACGAUGUCUGCACCCGCUGAGCACACCGAAGUCACACCUGAAGCUGUCCAUCCUUCGGAGGAUAAGACUUCGGAAAGAUCUCUCUCCCCAUCAGAAUCUACAAAGACGUCGUGGGUGAAGUUUGAAGAGGACUCGUCAGAUGCACCCACACUGGAAUUAUCUCAGUCAAUACAAGUGGACAGGCCACUGCACUCAAAAGCAGAAUCUCCUCUCAGAUCACCCCCAAGUGCCGAGCCGCGUCCAGACCUAAGUGCGCAGCAGUCUCAGCCCUUACCUCCGCCGCGACCACCGGUAACGUUUACGUCAUCAGCGCCCCCAAGCGGUGGACCUCUGCAUCCUCUAGCCCCUGCACGGCUCAAGCCACGUCUUCCGUCGGGAACAGACAAUAAUAAUCACGUGCCUUCUCGAAGUCCCGAAUGGACGGAACCCACAGCAGUGCCUCUCAGUGAACGGCUCUCGGCUCGGGUCACAUCAACGACUGGUUUCAAUAAUGGUGACAUUAUUGUCAACGUUCUACCUACAAAUAAGGGUUGUGCCUGGGUGACCAAGGCAGAGUUCAAGCCGGAGCUAGUUCCAGAAGAACUCAUGGCAACUGGUCUCACUCUGACCGUUGAAGACUAUGUCAGUGCCAUGCAAGUCAUGGUGCACGAUGUGCGCUUCAACCUGUACAACGUGUGCUACAAGCGAUUGCUGCUCGCCUGGGUCUUAUUGGGCUUCUUCAUUCUGCUCUGUCUACUCUUCUCUGGUGUGAGAGGCCUGGCCCUGUUUGGUGGCGGCGUUGUCUGGCUGGUCGUCAAUGCCCUGGGAAUAUUCGUGUGCAUGUGGCUUAAGUUCAAGCUUCUUCACAUGCUGGAGCAGUGCAUGGCUAGCAUAAACAAUCUCUUCUUCCGCCAUAAGAUCCUUGUUGGACUGGAUGACCGUGGGAAAAUAUCCUGCCACAAAGUUCAUCUCAUUUUUGUUUAUUUCGAUGUUGGGCCAUGCAUACGAUACCUGUACGAAAUGUUAGAAGGUCAGGACCGCCAGGACAGUGCUCUGGCUGGAGGAGACGCUAGUUCACAGAACGGGGGAGCAGCUGCAUACCCCGUCCAGAGAUCUCGAAUGGACAUAGACACAUCAGACAUCAUCAUCACGGGGAGCAGCUCAACGACUCGCAUAUCGCAGAAGGAGAAAUACGCCGAAAAACUCCUCCUACGCUACAGUCAGCGAUGGGUGAAGGAAUUUGUGCGGAAACGCCUGGAGCUCAACAUGCCAGUGCAUCCGGAUGGUCUCGAAGAUGGGCCCAUUCCACCCAUACCUCCUCGACAUUGUCAGCUCGCGCGCUGCCCCUGUCAGUUCAUAGAGGAGCACCUGCGCUUCAAGCCCCUCACAAAAUGCAGCAUCACGGAACUGUGCUUCUAGGUGGGGGGGGGGAUCUUCCAAGUUCUCCACUCAUGCCGUGACACUUUGGUGCCUUCUCUGGUACUCCACAUCACUUUCUGUGGUGAAGUACACAACUCCAUGCAUUGCAGCGAUCAUAAUAUUGCACCGACAAGCGGAGAUGUACGGGAUACACCAUCUGAAAGCAUUGCCACAGGAUUAUUCAAUUAUGGCAAUGAACGUAUUGUAGGAUAGCUGUAGUUGUGCAGUUUAUUUGGCCUUUGAGGAGUUGUACCGCACAGAACCUUCUAGAGGGUUCCCACAUGGCAUUGUGCAAUUAUGUAAUCAAAGAGUAUAACCAGUUGUUGGGCUUGUUCAUGGAAGACUUCCCUUGCAGAGAUAUUUUCAAGCAUCUCAAGAUAAUAACAUCCUACGAAUGAGUGUCAGGCUCAAGCGUGCUAAGAAUGAAAGGCGCACCCUUGGCAGCUCAUUGUAUUGUAUUGUGCCAAUACACCAGUGCGCGCCCCGUCCGCAUUUAAUUCUGUCUAGAGUUGGCGUAACAAACGAUGUGUGGCAGCUGCACAAACCUGGAAGUGCCUUGACUGCACCAAUUAUGGGUGUACAUGGGCUAAGAGCUGCAGUCUUUGUUUAUGAGUAACGCAGAGAAAAGUUUUUUGAGCUGUGAAUGUAAUGUAGCUAAGGUGUAAUGUGUAAGGUGUAAUGUAGCUAAGGUGUAGCUAAUGCAGCUAAGCACAUUAGAAUGUGCUGACAGGUCUUAGUUCAUGAGUGCUCAAUGCAUCCAUAAUGUACCAUCUGAAGUAAUCUCUCUUCACAACUGUUAUGCAAUUCAGUUUACCCCCUAAUCCUGGUUCCUUACGCUAUGAUUGGGAUAAACGUUUACUUUGAUGUACAUGUAUCUAAACAAACAGUGUCGCGACAGUCCCACUAAAUGGGUACAGUACGAGACGCAAUUUGUAGUAAUCCACAAGAACCAGUUCCGAGUCGUUCCCCGCGACGAGAAUAACAGCAAGCAUUCCAAACAUGCUAACGUGCAUUGUGCUAAUAAUAUAUUGUGUGUACAUAGAUAAUUUGCUUGACUAUUUUUAGCCACAAUUUUACCUUUUUGCACCACCCUGUUUGUGACCUUCAAGCAACUGGUAGCUACAUUCUUAAUGAGUCUCUUUAGGUGUUAAAAAUUUGGCAUUAGAGGCUUGUGUCUCUCUUACUGGAGAGUCCUUAAUAUUUCUCAUGCUAGUUGUGUUGCUGGAAGAAAAUAUUUUUUUAACUUACUUCUGUUUACAGAUGAAGUCUGUCACACAUGAAGUGAGACACACUACCCAUAAUAUGAAUUCAUACCGAAUGCAUAAUAGCAACAGCCCUUGGGGAAAAAAAUAUAUUAAAAAACAGUUAAUCACUUUCUAUUUAACAUUCAAAACUAUAACGAAAAUGUGCUUUUCACUUCAUAUUCUAAAGUAAAGGUAAAGUAAGGGUAAAAGCAGCUCAAACGAGGACAUAGUGACGACUGAAACGGGCACACCAUACGCUCUAAUCUUCAACCAAGAUUACUUUUUUUCUAAAACGGUAUCUUUAAAUAUCCCACUAACACGCAACAUCACAUUCGGUUGAAGUUGAUUGAAUGUGAUGUGUGUGUUUCUGUUUUCUGUGUGCCCUCGUUUGAGUUGUUUUUACCCAGCGCUGGGGGUUUAUCGAUUUUAAAGUGUGUACCAACCUGCCCAGAUUUUGACACUGCUUUAUAUGCUAGUUAUGAUCUCCAAGCAAUAAGUUUCGGUUCAUGCACCGUCCCAGUGAACGUAGCAUGCUGAACAAGGAAGGAGAAAAGGAUGCAAUCGUGAAUGCUUUUCCGUCAAGGUUACUCGGUGCCACAUCAACGUGCAAUACCAGAAUUAGGUGUCGCUCUUUUGCGGAAGUAAGUAAGUGAACAAAAACGUCUAGAAAUUGUGAACACCAUUGACAGUGAAACAUAUGCACAGUCUUUGUUUCCACUGUCGUUGCUGGUGCAUGGUUCCGGUAUGUGUUCUUUGAUACUUUGACGAACAAAUGUAAUUACUACUAUAAUAUGUGUUGCCAUAACUUUCUUCUUACGUUGUCCUUUUAAUUCUUCACACAUUUAAACUUUGCUUCAAUCGAGGAAAACUAUCAAAUUAAAAAAAAAAAAAUAGAUUGUGUUUUGUCCGGUGUGAUGGAAGCACUAAGUCCAGACUUGAGCACAUAAAAACAAUACAAUCUGAUUUCAAGGGUACCUUUGGUUGUGUGUGUUAUAGUGCUACUGUUAGUGUAGACGUUACACAGUUUGGGUACCUAAUUAUCCCCCAUAAGUAUCAAAGGCUAAACUUUCCAACACUUUUGACAAAACAUGAAGCACAACGUUUCUGUUAGACAGUCACGAUGUUAUCUCUCUUUUCCUUGGAUGUGAUGGGGACGUAUGUUUGCACUCUUCACGUGCUUGUUAAUGAAUUACAAAAAAGCAACAACAACAACAAUAAGCUAUUAUUUGUUACAAAGUUAAAUGCUGGAGUGUAACACAAGCAUAAGCCCUUGCCUCAUGGGUAGUUUGCGGUUUGAAAGAUGUGCUCAUAUUCCUCAUUCGCAUUACCUUUAGCGGCUUCUUUUAAUAUUGGCAGCCAUCUUGCUUUAACAAGAAACAAAAGGUUUCAGGCAGUCUUUCAUUUAGUUUUAUUUCUGUGUCUCCUCAUUAGAUAUUUUUAAUCUGUAUGCUCUUCAUUUGUGUCAUAGCUCAGUGGUGCUCUGGUACUUACAAAGCAUGCUCAGUCAGGUUUACGUGCUUAGCCAUCACAGGGCUGAAUAUAUUUUAUUAUAUAGUAGAUUGCAGAGCUCUAUGUGUACUUAGUUUGGUGUUGAAUUAAUGAAUGCUCAAGAGCAGUAUGAUCUAGGUGGUGGGUGAGUUUACUUACUUUAUUUGAGGUUCUUCUCAUUUACAUUUUGGUUAGUGGUUCCGCUGUCCUUUCUUUUUCCCCGGUGAGGCUGUCACUCACCUGCUGGGAACCGGUACAAAGUUGAAGAAGCUGAAGGUUGUGCGUAUAGUGCAAUCGGCUGCAUAUAAAAGCCGUUAAGUUUUGGAUGAUGUUGUCUUUUUGCUGGAACGCUGAAGUAUUGGAAUCUGCUGCAGUGUGUUUCUGUGAUUCUUGAUAACGGUUCUUGUAAUUGAAUGUGCAUGACGAUACUUCAUAGAAAUUGAAGAUAAUUAUAUUGUUCUCAAUGAGUUUUAGUUGAAACUCAGUGUGAAUAAACAUCUAUUUCAAUGGUUUUGAUAUAAUGGGGCUUCAUCCUGCAUCUCAUUUGGGGUUCUGUUUCCAUUGCCAUGGUCAAGCUCUGAUCUGAAGCUUCACCACCCAACUUGCACAUGUACUGCAGUGCAAAAUUUAGAUAUAUGUAGUUAUUGCAGUGCAUUGUACGUAUGGGAUGGUGUCAAAUGAGCUCAAUCAAAUUUCUUAAUGCUGUUUUCACUUUUGAGUAUGUCUUGUCGAGUAGUGUGUCACUGGCUAAAAUUUUCUCAGUAAAUUCUUCUAAUUUCUUUCUAAAGUUCUAGUAUAGUAUAAAUACCACAGAAAAAAAGUCAGAAGUGUAACUUUGUCAAAACAUUUAUCUCAGUGUUCCUGUGAUGUGCCAGCUGCAGUCAAUGCACUAAUUGGUUGAUCUUCCUAAAUUAAUUUGAGUAUUGGAAAUUGUCAAUUUCCACUGCGUGGUGUACCAUGCUACAAGCAAGUUAACCAAUCAACUUAAGUUGGUGAAUAUGCUUGCACAGAUGAAAUCACAAACAGUGAUGGAAAUUUGUUAUAUGGUGUGACUGACUGUUAAGGGUUUUCGUGCAGAAACAGUAAACUUUCUGUUCUUGUAUAAGACACAAAAAUUGCACAUAUCUAUUAUUUCCAAUAACAGUCAGAUGUAUUCAUGUUUGGUUUUGUGUCUACUGGUUGUGAUGUGUGUCCUGUAGGAGUAAUAACCGAUGCUUACAAUGAUUACCCUCUCCAUUUGUACAUACUUGUAUUGUCCCAGAAUUUCUAUCUGUAAUGAGGUGGCUGGUACAUUUCACUGUGAUCUAGUAUUUAUGUAGAUUGCCACAUUUAGAGCAAUAUUUUACUACUGCUAAUAUAAUACUAACAUGUUUUUAAUAAUGUACCUGUACAUUUGUUAAAUAGAACAACCAUUUUCGGUAA